UUGAUAAAAAUGCAGAAAAGCAGCCGGAAAGAUGGGGUUUAGGGUGGUACAAGACAGAAAACCAAGACUAAAAGGCAGAGUAGACAAGUGGCUACUUUCUAAGCAUUUCUUUGCCACUCACUGUGUAACCUGAAAUGGUAGGAGGAGGGCUCUAAUUAGCCGUGUUAUGAUAGGAGCUCUUCUAGCUAUAUAAACUGGUAGUGCACUUGUUCUACUAUCUCCAGCUCAUUGCACAUUCUUCAACAGAUAGUCGGAUACUGCAUAGCAACAGCUGCCUUGCUCAACUCAGCUGGAAGAGCCAUAGGCGACGAUCAAACCCACCCAACACAUAGGAGAGAAGUUGCAAACCAGCAUUAUCUCCCAUGCCCAGGAACUGUGAGAAACUACUGCAGCUGCCAAGACCGUAGGCUUGUCCCAAAACCCCGACAGAGCCUGGCCUGAGGACAGGCCCAGACGCUUGACCCUGCCUGCACCAGGAGACCGGCUGAGCCCUGCCAACCUGCAAGCCGUGGAGGACUGGACCGGAUCCCUGGGAUCCCAGUGGGACGAGACCAUCCUGGGCUCCCUGCCUACACAGCCAGAAACUCAGGAGGAAUGAACAGAUGUUCUCUGAGUGAUAUUUGUGACAUCUCCAGUAGUCCACUCCCGGCCGAUGCGUCUCUUGAUGGACACAGGCCUAAUGAAUCUGAGUUUAAGCACCACCUCUGGCCAGCACAUUCUCCAGACCUCCCAGCAAGAGUGCCACUUUUGGAUAUGCUGGAAGAACAGGCUCUGAAAGCAACCAUGGAAGGCAGUGUUGAACUCAAGAUAGAAACAAAAGGGGAAAGGAAGACACAAAAGCAGAAUCCAGUGAGAAAAGGUGGGAAGAGAGUCUGUAAAGUUCUUGGAUAUAUCACAGGAGAUAUGAGAGAGUUUGGAGACUGGCUGCAAGAUAAGCCAAUCCCGUUUCAGUUUGUCGACUGGGUCCUGCGAGGGACGGCCCAGGUGAUGUUCGUCAAUAACCCUCUCAGUGGGCUUAUCAUGAUUGCUGGGUUCCUUGUCCAGAAUCGUUGGUGGACGAUCACAGGUUGUCUGGGAACCGUUGUCUCAACAUUUACAGCACUGAUUCUGUGUCAGGACAGAUCGGCCAUAGCAGCGGGAUUGCAUGGCUAUAAUGGGGUCCUGGUGGGACUGCUCAUAGCAGUGUUCUCUGACAAGGGAGAUUUCUAUUGGUGGCUUCUCCUGCCUGUUGCUGUUGCAUCCAUGACCUGCCCAAUUAUUUCCAGUGCUUUAGGCUCAAUCUUCCAUAAGUGGGAUCUUCCUGUUUUCACCUUGCCUUUCAACAUGGCACUGACUUUAUACUCAGCUGCCACCGGACACUACAACCUCUUCUUCCCUACAGUCCUCUUUCAACCUGCAACAUCAGUGCCCAAUAUCACAUGGUCCAGAAUUGACGUGCCAAUGCUAUUGCAAUCCAUUCCGGUCGGCGUUGGUCAGGUGUAUGGCUGUGAUAACCCCUGGACUGGUGGCAUCUUCCUGGUAGCUUUAUUCAUCUCUUCGCCACUCAUUUGCUUGCAUGCUGGAAUCGGAUCUGCUGUGGGGAUGCUGGCAGCCCUGAGCCUAGCAGCCCCUUUCAACAACAUCUACGCUGGCUUGUGGAGUUACAACAGCUGCCUUGCAUGCAUCGCAAUCGGAGGCAUGUUCUAUGCUCUCACUUGGCAGACCCACCUGCUAGCAAUUGCCUGUGCUUUCUUUUGUGCCUACCUGGGAGCAACUGUGGCCAAUAUGUUUUCGGUGUUUGGAUUACCAGCGUUUACCUGGCCUUUCUGCUUGUCUGCACUAACCUUUCUGCUAAUGACGACAAACAACUCAGCCAUCUACAAGUUACCUCUCUCCAAAGUCACUUACCCAGAAGCCAACCGAGUUUUCUACCUCACAACAAGAAAGCAUCUGGCCAGCUGUGAGUUAUAAAGACUAAGGCAGAGAUGUUCUAGGGUUUUGAAUGGAAAAAGUUUCUCCUCUAUUUUGUAUGUUUAGUCUAUCUGGCAUAACUAUUAUGCUGUGUUAGAAGAACUCUCCAUGGACCCCGAUCUGUACUGAAUUUAAGAACACGUACACUUGUAAACGUGUCUGACUUUGAAAUAGGAUAAGAUGAUUUACAAGGUGGUGGUUUGGGAGAAGGAAAUAGAGUUAUAAAGUCCAAAUAAUAGCAGCUGAAUCCAGAGCACUGGAGAGAAAACUCCCUCUGGGUGCAUUAUGGGAUUCCUAAUUAUGGGCCUGGUGCCCAGAUACCACAAUGAUGGGUGCAGUUUGCAAGGUUCACAAGUCCCAGCUUUAUAAUGAUUGUUAAUUAUAAUAAAUCUUUGUAUUGUCCUAGCAUAUAAGUGCCCCAGUCAUGGACCCAGCAGCAGUGUGCUAGGUGCAGCCCAAUCACGGAACAAAAUGACAAUCUCUGCCCCAAACACCUUACAGUCUUAAACGACAGAGGGAUACAGACAGACUGAUGGGGGUGGGGCAGGCAACAGGCUCUACAAGCAGCAUCCUGAAUGGAUACGAACGGGACAAGAUUACAUUUGUCAAGACCAGAGAAAGGAAUGUUGCUGUAAACAUGACACAAGAGGAUGGCCGCCUGGAUGGAAAAUGUAGCUGUGUGAAUGGGCAGGAAAAUAAGCACCUCACAGAUAUUAGGCAGAAAGAAUCUGUGAGACUUAGAUACAGCUGACACCUGAGGCUCUAGAGAUUUAGCACAGCCGGGUCCUCUUGGCUCCUGCCCUGUUCAGUUGAUAAAGUCACUUAGAGACCCUGGGUUCAGUAAUCACUGGAGUUUAUUUACAGAUUGUGCUCCCACCACCUUUUCACCAUGCAAACAGCCCUCUGCCAUCAGCAGGGGUGCGGAAGGGGAGUAUUACCUCCAUUUCCACUCCCUGUCUUUUCCAUUUCUUCCUGAUCCCACCCAUCCCCUCCACCUCCCUUCCCCUGUGGCUUUUAUACAGCCCCAGCCUAAUUAGGCGGCAGCUGUCUCUUCUUCCCCACUUAGGGCUAGGUCAGUGGUCUCCAAACUUUUGGGGCUGCCAGGCGCCCAGGGGCGGGGCUGCUCACACACUGGGCACCCGGGGCAGGGCCGCGCCCGCGCCCACGGGCGAUAUCCUGUGUGCCCAGAGCUGGCGGCCCCGCCCCUGAGUGAGUGGUGCAUGGGCACUGCUGGCUCCUGGAUGUGUGGCACAGGUGUUGGCUCCAGGCACGCAACGCAUGGGUGAUGGCGACCCCGCCCCCGGGCGUGCGGGACAUGGGCUGUUCCGGCCCCGGGCGACCCCACCUCUGGGAGUGCAGCACAGUUGUGGCACCAGCCCUGGGAGUGCGGCGCAUGGGUAGGCCCACUGCUCAGUGAGGAGGGAGAAGCAGUAACAGGAAACUUGGAAAUGGCGGAGAUGCUCAAUGACUUCUUUCUUUCGGUCUUCACCGAGAAGUCUGGAGGUGUGAC